CCUGCUCUGUUCUGCGCACCGUUACUCUACGUAAUAAACAAGGACAACACCGUCUGAGACAAAAUGUCGUCCAAGGCUAUCCGCGAGUUCGACGCGAAGCUCCUGCUUGCCUACUGGCUCGAGCGCUCUCCUAUCAUCUCCUCUUCCGUUCAGGUGUCGAAGAACUUCGUCUACCCCAGCCCACACGUCGCCCAGAUCUCCUGGGACCCGGAGAGCAACACCAUCACCCCAGACUCGCAGCUCCCCGCAUGGGUCUUCACAUCCAAGCUCGUGGCAAAGCCUGAUCAGCUCAUUAAGCGUCGAGGCAAGAGCGGCCUCCUUCUGCUGAACAAGGAGUGGCCGGAGGCGAAGGAGUGGAUCGCUGCUCGUGCAGGGAAGGACGUUACUGUUGCGAACACCACGGGCAAGCUAAACAACUUCAUUGUCGAGCCUUUCCUGCCCCACCCGUCGCACACCGAGUACUACGUAUGCAUCAACUCAAUCCGUGAGGGAGACAACAUCCUCUUCACCCACGAGGGUGGUAUCGAAGUCGGCGAUGUCGAUGCGAAGGCACUCAAGCUGCUCAUCCCCGUGGGCAAGGAGUUCCCCUCUCGCGACCAGAUCAAGAAAUCGCUUCUGACUCAUGUGCCCGAGGCCAAGAAGGACACCCUGGUCGAUUUCCUCAUCCGUCUGUACAGUGUCUAUGUCGAUCUGCACUUCACCUACCUCGAAAUCAACCCCCUGAUCUGCCUCGAUGGCGUCAACGGCAAACCGCCCACAAUCCAUUACCUCGACAUGGCUGCCAAGCUUGACCAGACCGCGGACUACCUCUGCGGACCCAAGUGGGCCAUCGCGCGUGAUCUUUCGGUCUAUGAUAGCCGGGCGCAGGCGAGCGGCGUAAUGGCCGACCGUGGUCCUCCCAUGGUUUGGCCGGCACCCUUCGGCCGUGACCUGACCAAGGAAGAAGCAUACAUCCAGAAGCUCGACGGCAGUACCGGUGCUUCCCUGAAGCUUACCGUGCUCAAUGCCAAUGGCCGGAUCUGGACCAUGGUUGCCGGUGGUGGUGCCUCUGUCGUCUAUUCUGAUGCGAUCGCCGCGGCUGGGUUCGCACAUGAGCUUGCCAACUACGGCGAGUACUCCGGAGCCCCUACCGAGGGUCAGACGUACGAGUACGCAAAGACCAUCAUCGACCUCAUCACUCGUGGUGCUCCUCGUCCCGAUGGCAAGAUCCUCAUCAUUGGUGGUGGUAUCGCCAACUUCACCAAUGUUGCUGCUACGUUCAAGGGCAUCAUCCGCGCUCUGAAGGAGUACAAGACCCCUUUGAUCACCCACAAGGUGCAGAUCUACGUACGUCGUGGUGGGCCCAACUACCAGGAGGGCCUCAAGGCCAUGCGCCUGCUCGGCGAGUCCCUCGGGGUUCCCAUCCACGUUUUCGGCCCCGAGACACACAUCACCGCCAUUGUCCCUCUCGCCCUCGGCCUCGUCAAGGAGGCCCAGCAGGUCAGCGCCACCGUUGGAAGCAAGAUGCAGGAGGUUUCCAACCCCCAAAGCCCUAUCCAGGGCGAGGUGCAGCCUGAUGCUGAGGGUCCCGUUGGCCCGAUUGGCCCCUCUGGCGAGCGUACCCAGCCUAACGACAGGAUCGUCCACUUCGAUGCGCAAGGGGCGACCAACCGCCCUUGGUACCGUCCUUUCGAUGCUACGACACGUUCACUUGUGUACGGUCUCCAGCCACGCGCUAUCCAGGGUAUGCUCGACUUCGACUAUUCUUGCGGACGCGAGACCCCGUCCGUCGCUGCUAUGAUCUAUCCCUUCGGUGGACACCAUAUCCAGAAGUUCUACUGGGGCACCCGGGAGACCCUCCUCCCCGUGUACACCAGCACGGAAGAGGCAGUAAAGAAGCACCCAGACGCCGACGUUGUUGUCAACUUUGCGUCCUCCCGCUCUGUCUACCAGUCGACGAUGGAGAUGCUUGCCCUGCCCCAGAUCAAGGCCAUCGCCAUCAUCGCCGAGGGUGUACCGGAGCGUUACGCCCGCGAGAUCCUCCACGACGCGCAGGAGAAGGGUGUUCUCAUCAUCGGCCCUGCUACUGUCGGUGGUAUCAAGCCUGGUUGCUUCAGGAUCGGAAACUCCGGAGGGAUGAUGGACAACAUUAUCGCCUCCAAGCUGUACCGACCCGGCUCGGUCGGCUACGUCUCCAAGUCCGGAGGCAUGUCCAACGAGCUGAACAACAUCCUCUCUCUUGUCACUAACGGCACCUAUGAGGGUAUCGCCAUCGGCGGUGACCGUUACCCUGGCACCACGUUCAUUGACCAUAUGCUUCGGUACGAGGCCGACCCCGACUGCAAGAUGCUCGUCCUGCUCGGUGAAGUCGGUGGUAUCGAGGAGUACCGCGUCAUCCAGGCGGUCAAGAGUGGAAAGAUCACCAAGCCUAUCGUUGCCUGGGCUAUCGGCACUUGCGCGAAGAUGUUCACGACUGAGGUACAGUUCGGUCACGCCGGCUCCAUGGCCAACUCGGACCUCGAGACUGCCGACGCUAAGAAUGCAGCGAUGAAGGCUGCGGGCUUCAUCGUCCCCUCCACAUUCGAGGAUCUUCCUGCCGUCCUCACUCAGACAUACAACAAGCUCGUGAAGAACGGCAUCGUCAGGGUCGAUGCUGAGCGUGAGCCACCAGUCAUCCCAAUGGACUACAAGAGCUCAUGUACGCUGGUAUGAGGAUCUCGGACGUGUUCAAG